AUGGGACGGCGUAUAAGUCCCCCGUUGCUCGUUUUCUCUCUCUUGUUCACCCUUUCUUUCUUCCAUAGUACACCCCACGUGAUCAUCGACCAACAAAGGAGGAUCCUUGGCGUCCUCGCCGGCCAUGCGAAUGAUCCCAACUGGCAGCGUGAUGUCGCCGAGCCCGCAGCUGCCCUCCUCGAGCAAACUUGCCUGGAGGGUGACGCUUUAGAUGCAUGGACCAAUAAACAGUACGACACUCGGCGCGGGGAGUUUAUGUCUGUGACGGCUGGUGUAUCCUAUGGUGGGGGUCAGCAGGUUCUUCUUCACGUUAUGUAUAUCUCUCUUACUCUGCUAACUUUGACGACUCUUGUAGGACCCAGGGAACCUCAAACUGGAGAAAAUCUGUCAGCCGCCUUCAUGACCUAUGCUUCAAAGCUGUAUAAGCAGUACGCAGAGGAGACAGAGGCGCUAUACUCGCAUGAUCCCAACUGCCGACGGCCGUUCAAAAACGCCGUAUGGCCUGCUUGUACAUUUAAUUUAGGUCCUCAAUGUUGUUGCCGCGGUCACUGUGACUCUGCUAACAUCCCCCAUGGCUGGUGCGCUGUUUGGGCCCUCGGCGAUUACGACCCGACACGCGGAGGCCACCUUAUCCUUCUCGAAUUCGGUCUCAUCAUUCAGUUUCCUCCCGGCUCCCUUAUUCUUUUACCCUCGAGUACCAUACGUCAUGGCAAUACACCAGUCGGUCCUACCGAACAUUGUUACUCCUUCACGAUGUACUGCGCCGGAGGCCUCUUCCGUUGGGUGCAUCACAGUUUUGUUCCAGAGUGGGUGCUAACGGACGCACAACACAAGGAGGCGUAUGGGCCUCGUGGUUAUCGAUGGAUGGAUGCUCUUGGUAAAUAUUCCGUACUGGAGGACCUUGCGAACGAUUAUCGGGCUUGUUUUGGCAGUGGAGAGGACUUGGGCAAUGUGGAAGAGGAGUCGCAUGUAGACAAUAUUUUGUAG